UCAAAUAAAUUUCCCUGUGAUUAAAAUUACUUCUAUCUGGAAAAUCCUGAAUACUUAUUUUUCUGGUUAGCAUCGACAGUUUGGUUACUUAAAGCUUCUCGCAUCUCCUCUCUCAUGGCGGCCUCGCUGCUCUUAUCUUUAACAGCGCCCAACCCAGAAGCGAUGGUUCCCAAUAUCGGGGCCAAUAAAUCAUCUUUCCUCUCCGGCACCAAGCUCUUCUUGUUGACGAAGCCCCAUUAUCGAAAGCCCACUGCUCAAAAAUGCUUCAAACCUCCCUUUGCCAAGUCAAUCGACCACAUCCCCAAGCAAUUCAGAGAACAAAAUCUCAAAGAUGGAUUGAUGGAAAAUUAUAAAAAUGUUCCUGGAUAUCUUUAUGGUCUUAGUCCUUCACAAAUGGACAUGUUCAUGACAGAAGAUAAUCCCGUCCGUCGACAAUCCGAAAGUGUUACUGAGGAAAGUAUUUCAUCUGCUAGAAACUAUUUGGAUAAUGGAGGGAUGUGGAGUAUGUCGAGCAUUAAUGAUAGAGGUCCUUCUAAAUAUAGUAUGAGUGUAAGCAUGUAUCGAGGAGGGGGCAGAGGAUAUGGACGGCCUAGAACUGCUCCUCCGGAUUUGCCUUCUUUGCUCUUAGAUGCCCGAAUAUGUUAUCUUGGCAUGCCAAUUGUACCAGCAGUGACUGAACUUAUUGUUGCUCAAUUAAUGUGGUUAGAUUAUGAUAACCCCUCAAAGCCUAUUUACUUAUACAUCAAUUCAUCUGGGACACAGAAUGAGAAGAUGGAGACUGUUGGAUCAGAAACCGAGGCAUAUGCUAUAGCUGACACCAUGGCUUACUGCAAAUCAGAAAUGUACACUGUGAAUUGUGGCAUGGCAUAUGGUCAAGCAGCAAUGCUUUUAUCUCAAGGAGCUAAGGGUUAUCGUGCAGUACAGCCAAAUUCAUCUACUAAGUUAUAUCUGCCUAAAGUCAGCAGAUCAAGUGGGGCUGUCAUAGAUAUGUGGAUAAAGGCCAAGGAACUUGAUGCAAAUACCGAGUCCUACAUUGAGCUAGUAGCAAAAGGCACAGGGAAAACCAAGGAAGAAAUUGCUAAAGAUGUUCAGCGUCCUAAAUAUUUCCAAGCUCAAGAAGCCAUAGACUAUGGCCUUGCUGACAAGAUAAUUGAUUCAAGAGAUGCUGCGUUCGAGAAACGGAAUUAUGAUGAGAUGCUUGCUCAAUCAAAAGCAAUGAGGAGAGGAGCUGCAGGUGGUCCACAAGCGACUCCUUCCGGGUUCAGGUGAUUUAGGUUGAUACCAUAACCAUACAACAUGAAGUCUAUACUUUGUGCUGUCCACCCUUUGUUCAAUACUUUCAUGCCAUACAAACAGAUUUGGCAAUAGGUGUAUUUGUGUCGUGUUUAUGUAUUUUUAUGUGCCGCAGUCAUAGAUAAGGUUUUAUAUAAUCAUAUAAAUUUUGCUACGUUAAUAAUUCAUGGUAUAUAUGAUUCUGACAUAUUUGUGCAUUA